AAAAAAUACGAAGUCCAUCUGCAUUCUGCACGACAAAAGAAACGUGCUGUACACUUGUACGACCAAAUCCCUCCCACGUUUUCAUUUGAGAAAGAAAAGAAAAGUGUCGAUUUCACAGAUCGGUUAGCUUCGCCCUUUCCUGGUUUCACCGUUUAACAUCAUCCCCAAUUGGAUUCAUUUCAAACCCGUUUGUCUAUAUUUAGAUUGCAUACUCCAUAUUUCUGUAACAUCUACAGUAUAUUGUUUUCUUAUCCUCCUUCGAUCUAUAUUUCCUAUAUAGGGAGUAUUUAAUUAAUAGAAGAGUUUUGUCUGUGAAUCUUUGUUUGUCUAGUAGUUUUCAACCUGCUUGCGGUUCUUUUUUAGUCUUUCUAGGUGGAUAUCUGGUGUCUCAAAGCCAGGCGUUUUCAUACUCUAUUGUUAAAUUAUAUUUGAUUGGGUAAAAAAAAUAUUUUAUUUUUUAAUUUGCAUGGUUGUAUUUAGGGAUCUAGGGUUAGUUAAUUUUGAUAACCACUAUUCCGGAGGGGAAUAAUCAUUUUGAAUACUUUUUUAUUCGGUUAAUCCAUUUGGAUUUAGAUCAGUUUCGAAGAUCUGGUUCGAUUUGAAGAGCACCCCUCCACUUUCAGAUUAACAUGGUGGAAAAGCGGUCAUUUGACCAAGAGCUGAAUCUGCUAUCUUCCAAGCAGCCUAGGAUUGUGAGCCGUGAUGAGCAGAUAGCUUCUUUGGGGUUUUCUCAUGAUCAAAUUGCUAUCAAUUAUCACUCAUUAGGUGAAGGUGAGGAGGACAUUUCAUUUCAAAAAAAAAUCACAAGUGAUAAUAAAUUUGAUGGUGGCUGUACUGAUGACUUCCAGAGUUCAGAGAGAGAUAUAGAACCAGGCAUUCAUCCUGGUUCUUUCACUAGCAGCACCUGUGAAGAUAUUAAGUCAGAGUGUCCUUAUCACAUUUUAUUGUCUCCUGAGCAUUACAACCUCAAUGUUUCGCGAUCAAAACUGAUAUAUUCUACUCUCAUUAGAAGCCCUCCUCAAAAGCUGGUUCCUCUUGGUCCAGAUCAUCAGGCAGAAUUACCUGAUUUGUUGGGACAGGAACAGAAUGAUACCUCCCAAGCUUCGAAUUCACAUAGCAAUGCCCAUUUUAGUGAUGAAAAUAGACUUUGUGGGACCUGUAUCAUACCCAUGCCCAAACAAGACUCGUCUGGAUACAAUGAAGUGAGUAGUCCAGGGAUUAUAAGCAGCAGUUGUCUUUGUGAAGAUGCAGGCUCCAUCAGAUGCAUCCGCCAGCACAAUUGUGAAGCAAGAGAGAAACUCAAGAGAAUGCUUGGGGAGGAGAUAUUUGAGAAGCUUGGAUUUUAUGAUAUGGGUGAAGUUGUGGCGUUGAGAUGGAGCGAAGAAGAGCAGGAGUUGUUCCACGAUGUUGUCUUUUCCAACCCUGCAUCUCUGGGAAAGAAUUUCUGGGACAAUCUUGGUGUUGAGUUCCCUUCAAGAACUAGGAAUCAAAUAGUGAGUUACUACUUCAAUGUCUUCAUGCUGAGGAGGCGAGCUGAGCAGAAUAGGUUUGACCCCUUGAAUAUUGAUAGUGACAAUGAUGAAUGGCAUGCAAAUGUGGAUUCAUCUGGUGAUGAAGCUAAAAUGAGUGAUGAUGAUAAAGAUUCACAUGCAGAGUCGCCUAUUUAUCUGGAUGACGAUCAUCGCCCUGACGAUGAUCGAUCAGCAUGUAAUCAGGAUAUUAGCAAUUUGGCAAAUAUGCCUGUCAAUCAUGAACAAACUGUUAAGGUAUGUUUAGAACACGGAAAAGUAAAUUUCUUGAGUUUUAGCCUGCCUUUUAUCCCCCUCUCCCACAGUUUCUUUCGCUCUAAUUUGGCUCCAUAACAUUUUCCUUUGGUUUGCCUAGUAUCUUCCGGGAUCUAAAUGCACACUUAGGGAUACAGAUACAGUUAUUCUGAAUGGAGAUGAGAACUGUAAUGCUGUUGUCAUGCCACAAGAAGCAUAUGUGAAAGGUGAUGUCAUUAAAGAUUGGCAACAUAGUCUUGUGGGUAUGGGUAGCAGUGAAAGCGGUGGGCAUGAUUGUGUGUUGGAGCACGAGCACUGUAUUGGUGGAAAGGAAUGGGAUAUUGGGUUCUUUAGCUGCAGCCCUAAAUGCAAUGUGGAUUUCUUGCCCAAUUGCAGUAUGAGGGAAGAGUUUUUUGGGGGAAUUAUCCCAAGUAGAGAUGAUUGUCAUGGACCCUAACAAUGAUUUACUCCGUAAUAUUUAUUGGAAUCGCCUCAAGCUAGUGUUUUUGCAUGCAAUCUGGAGAUUGUGUUUCUUGUUUAGGCUAGGCUAGUUUCACAAUUUGGCCCCAAUUUGAUGUGGUUGAAUAUUGAUUCUAGUUUUUAUUUUUCCUGAAUGUAGGAUGUGAUGUAUUCACCGAGACAGGUACAUGCAUGAACUAGUGAAGUGAGAUGGGCAUGACAAUUCAUAGGUACAUUCAUUACUACCCCAAACAAGAGUGUUUGGGGUAGGAAGACGAUGGUAUGGUUCUAGGGUUAUAUGUGUGUGUAUAUUUGUAUUUGUAUAUAUACAAUACAUCUAUAUCUAUAGAAUAAGCAAUAUGGCAUAGUCCAAUUGUGAAAUUAUUGGACAAGAAAACUAAAAAGAUGACCAGUUUUCCAAUCUAUUCUUUUUCUAUUAUGUAUGUACAGUUUAUUGUGUUAUUC